AUGAAUCAGGAGAAGAAAUUAAUCGCAGAGAUCAAGCGAGUGGCCAAGGCGAAUCAAAUGGGCGCCGUGAAGGUCAUGGCGAAGGAUCUCGUUCGCACGAGACACUCGAUUACGAAGUUUUACGCCCUUAAGUCGCAGUUGCAAGGGGUGUCGCUGCGAAUGCAGACGCUGAAGAGCUCGCAGGCCAUGGCAGACGCGAUGCGUGGGGUGACCAAGGCGAUGAAGUCGAUGAAUGCGCGGUUGAAUCUUCCGUCGUUGACGAAUAUCUUGAAGGAGUUUGAGAGGCAAAAUGAAAAGAUGGAGAUGACCACGGAGGUGAUGGGUGAUGCGGUCGACGAUGCGUUCGCUGGUGAGGAUGAAGAGGAGGAAACGGAGGAACUGGUGAAUGCUGUGUUGGACGAGCUUGGGUGCAAUGUCGGGGCGGAGCUCAUUUCGGCCCCAGCGACCAAGGUUGGGGUUGCCUCGGAGUCGAAGGCGGAGCGCGCAGCGGUAUUGGAAGGUGGUGCGUCGGAGCCCACCGCCGGGAGCGGUCUGGAUGACGACCUGCAGGCGCGUCUUGACGCGCUUCGAAAGUAA